AUGAGUCAAGAGUAUUAUCAAGAGGGCGCGGAUGACGGGUACUACCCAUUCGCUGAAGGAGACGAAGAGGGGGAUCCAGACAAGAUCACUCAGGAAGACUGUUGGACGGUCAUCGCCGCUUUCUUUGAGAAACGAGGGCUUGUUCGGCAACAGCUGGAUUCCUUCAAUGAGUUUAUCAACAAUACGAUACAGGAUAUCGUAGAAGACUCUGGUGAUUUGAAUCUAGAGCAACACGAACAACAUACUGGGGCUGAGACUGAUAAAUCGACGCGACACAAAAUCAAGUUUGGUCAAGUCUAUCUUACCAGACCGAGUGUAACAGAGAAAGAUGGACAAGUGUCGCCUCUCUUCCCUCAGGAAGCUCGCCUUCGGAACCUCACCUAUUCGGCUACGCUCAUGGUUGAAAUUGUGGAAGAGAAACAAGAGCAAGUACCCAACGACGAAGGUGGCUGGGACUGGGAGCGUAUCCCAGGCUCGAUCCCCGGCUUCAAUCGACUGCCACUCGCCAAGAUUCCAAUCAUGUUGCGUUCGGACAUCUGUGCAUUGUACACAAUCCCUGACCCAGAGAAAUAUGACCUCAACGAGUGUCCCGACGACCCAGGAGGAUAUUUUAUUAUCAGCGGUCAGGAAAAGGUGCUAAUCGCACAAGAGCGUAUGGCUGGGAAUCACGUCUACGUCUUCGCCAAAGGCCAACCCUCUCCAAUUUCAUUCCUGGCCGAGAUACGGAGCGUUCCCGAACGUGGUGGCAAGCUCCUGAGCUCGUUCCAAGUCAAGCUUUUCCACAAAGGUAUUGAGAAACAGAGCGGCGGUGCUAUUCGCGCCAGUGUUCCGUAUAUCAAGACAGACGUCCCUAUUUGGAUUCUUUUCCGUGCUAUGGGAGUUCUGGCCGACCGCGACAUUCUUGAACAUAUUUGUUACGAUGGCCACGACGAUCAAAUGUUGGAGAUGCUGAAGCCUUGUAUCGACGAGGGCUUUGUCGUGCAGCAUCGCGAGAUUGCUCUCGAUUUUAUUGGCCGACGAGGCAACACUCCUACCAUAUCUCGCGAGAGGCGUAUUCGCUAUGCCCAAGAAAUUAUUCAGAAAGAGUUGCUGCCUCACAUCUCCAUGGAGGAAGGGAACGAAGCCCGAAAAGCAUACUUCGUGGGCUACAUGAUACACCGUCUUUUGCUAGCUGCCCUCGAUAGAAGAGAAAUCGACGAUCGAGACCACUUUGGCAAGAAGCGACUUGAUUUGGCAGGACCCCUGCUCUCGACUUUGUUCCGCAUGCUCUUCCGCAAGGUAGUAAAGGAUGUGUAUCGUUAUCUCCAAAAGUGUGUGGAAAGCGGAAAAGCGUUCGACGUUGGCAGAGCCAUCAAGCUGGGUACCAUUUCCAAUGGUCUCAAGUACUCACUGGCCACUGGUAACUGGGGCGAUCAACAGAAUGCCAUGUCGUCAAAGGCCGGUGUCUCUCAGGUACUCAACCGGUACACCUACGCAUCCACUCUUUCCCAUCUACGACGGACGAAUACUCCUCUGGGUCGAGAGGGAAAGAUCGCCAAACCUCGACAACUCCAUAAUACGCAUUGGGGUAUGGUCUGCCCUGCAGAAACGCCGGAGGGUCAGGCUUGUGGUCUCGUUAAGAACCUCUCCCUCAUGGCAUGUAUCUCAGUGGGGUCCUAUUCCGCACCUGUUGGCGAGUUUUUGGAUGAGUGGGGCAUGGAGGCUCUAGAGGAGAACGCACAGUCCGAUCGGCCUUCUACCAAAGUCUUCCUGAACGGCGUUUGGAUGGGUGUUCAUCGUGAACCUACGCAACUCCUUAAUACUCUCAAGCAUCUGCGGCGUACAGAGGCCAUCCACCCGGAGGUCUCCGUGGUACGAGACAUUCGAGAAAAGGAACUGCGCAUCUACACAGAUUCAGGCCGCGUGUGUAGGCCACUGUUCGUGGUGGAGAAGGAUAAACUGCUCAUUACACCUGAGCAAGUUGCGCGCCUCCGUGAUGAGAAGGAUGAUCCUGCAGGCUAUCGAUGGGAUAACCUAUUUAAGGAUGGUGUGGUCGAACUGCUGGACGCGGAAGAAGAAGAAACAGUGAUGAUCUGCAUGUCCCCAGAGGAUCUAGACGCGAGAUCAAGCGGCCAGGUUUAUCACACUGAGGACAUGUACGAUCCCUCGUCAAGAGUCAAGACUAUCAUCAAGGCAGGCUCCUACAGUCACUGCGAGAUUCAUCCUAGCAUGAUUCUCGGGGUCUGUGCGAGUAUCGUCCCAUUCCCAGAUCAUAAUCAGUCGCCACGUAAUACCUAUCAAUCUGCGAUGGGCAAGCAAGCGAUGGGUAUUUCGCUCUCCAAUUUUCUCGUUCGUAUGGAUACAAUGGCGAAUAUCUUGUACUAUCCCCAAAAGCCGUUGGCGACAACCCGAGCUUUGGAAUGGCUCAAAUUCCGUGAUCUUCCAGCCGGACAAAAUGCGAUCGUCGCGAUUCUCUGCUACUCUGGAUACAACCAAGAGGAUUCUGUCAUCAUGAAUCAGUCUUCUAUUGACCGUGGACUCUUCCGUAGUAUCUAUUACCGAAGCUACAUGGAUAUGGAGAAGACUGCAGGUCAGAUCACGCUGGAGGAAUUUGAGAAGCCCUCUCGCGACACGACUCUUCGUAUGAAGCACGGAAACUAUGACAAAUUAGAUGACGACGGCCUUAUCGCACCAGGCAUGAACGUCAUUGGUGAAGACAUCAUUAUCGGGAAGACGGCGCCGUUGCCUCCAGACAGUCAAGAACUGGGUCAACGAACAGAUCGACAUACCCGUCGCGACGUCUCAACUCCCCUCAAGAGCACAGAGAGCGGCAUCAUCGAUCACGUUUUGAUCACGGUUGAUGGCGAAGGGUCCAAGUUUGUCAAGAUCCGGGUUCGCUCGACACGUAUUCCCCAAGUCGGCGAUAAAUUCGCUUCGCGUCAUGGUCAAAAAGGAACGAUUGGUAUCCUUUAUCGACAAGAAGAUAUGCCAUUCAGUGCGGACGGCAUCGUCCCUGACCUCAUCAUCAAUCCUCACGCCAUUCCGUCUCGUAUGACCAUCGGUCACUUGGUCGAAUGUCUCCUAUCCAAGGUGGCUACUCUCAACGGACAGGAAGGCGACGCCACUCCAUUCACAGACUUGACGGUUGAGCAGGUUUCGCAUGCGCUGCGUGCGGCUGGCUACCAAUCCCGUGGCCUGGAAGUGAUGUAUCAUGGGCACACAGGCAAGAAGCUGCAAGCGCAAGUUUAUCUGGGACCGACCUACUACCAGCGUCUCAAGCACAUGGUGGAGGAUAAGAUUCACUCUCGGGCUCGUGGACCUGUCCAGAUUCUUACCCGACAACCUGUGGAAGGUCGAAGCCGCGAUGGAGGUUUGCGUUUCGGAGAGAUGGAAGCAAGUCAAAACUCCCUGAUCCGCGAUUGCAUGAUUUCGCAUGGUAUUGCCGCCUUCCUCAAAGAACGAUUAUUCGAUGCCAGUGAUGCUUAUCGUUUGCACGUCUGUGACAUCUGCGGCCUGACAGCGAUUGCAAAUUUGAAAAAGCAGUCGUUUGAGUGCCGGUCGUGCAAGAACAAGACCGCGGUAUCCCAGCUUUAUAUCCUUACGCAGCGAAACUCCUGA